AUGCGUUUCUCCAGCAGUUCCCUUCUUCUCGGAGCAGUAGCCCUGGUCUCUGCCUUUCCCGUCCAGGACAGUCCUCGCCAGAGGCUUCUCGACGGCAAACCGCUUCCUGGCAAAUACCGGAGCAAGAAUCCAUAUACCCCCGGCUAUCGUGAUCCCUAUGACACAGCCGUGGAUUCCAUCGGGAAGGGCCUCGACCCCUUGCCCUGGCGCAAUGGCGAUGGCGCCUCAGUUCUUGGUCCGUGGAACAGAGAGCGAGCAAGACAAAAUCCAGACCUCGUCCGUCCCCCUUCCACAGACAGCGGCAACAUCCCCAACCUCCGCUGGAGUUUCGUAGACUCCCACAUCAGAAUCGAGGCAUGCCUGCCCCCCCUUCCCCUUACCACACCUUUAUCACUAACUUUUCCCCCCAAGGAAGGAGGCUGGACCCGGCAAACCACCAUCCGCGAGCUCCCCACCUCGAUCGAGCUCGCCGGCGUAAACAUGCGCCUCGACCACGGCGCCAUCCGCGAGCUCCACUGGCACAAAGAAGCCGAGUGGGCCUAUGUCUUGUCAGGCUCCGUCCGCGUGACAGCCCUGGACUACGAAGGCGGCAACUUCAUCGACGACCUCUCCCAAGGCGACCUGUGGUACUUCCCCUCCGGCGUCCCCCAUUCCCUCCAAGGCCUCGACCCCAACGGGACCGAAUUCCUCCUCAUCUUUGACGACGGCCGCUUCUCGGAAGAAAGCACGUUUAUCCUCACCGACUGGUUCGCGCACACGCCCAAGAGCGUGAUAAGCAAGAACUUCCACCUCGCCCCCGAGGUGUUUGAGAGGGUGCCCAAGAGGGAGAAGUACAUCUUCCAGGGGAGCAAGCCGGGGAGCAUAGAGGAGGAGGAGCCAAAGGGGAAGAAUGUCAAGAAGAGCAAGUACCAGUUCACGCAUCGGAUGCUGGAGCAGGAGGCGCACGUGACGAGCGGGGGGAAGGUGAGGAUUACGGACUCGAAGAAUUUCCCGAUCAGCAAGACGGUGGCGGCGGCGCAUCUGGACAUGGAGGUGGGGAGCCUGAGGGAGAUGCAUUGGCAUCCUGAUGCGGACGAGUGGAGCUUUUUCAUCAGGGGGAGGGCGAGGGUGACGGUUUUUGCGGCCGAGGGGACGGCGAGGACGUUUGACUACCAGGCUGGGGACGUGGGCAUUGUGCCGAAGAAUAUGGGGCACUUUAUUGAGAAUAUUGGGGAUGAGCCGUUGGAGGUGUUGGAGAUUUUUAGGGCGGAUGAGUUUAGAGAUUUCUCGCUUUUCCAAUGGUUGGGCGAGACGCCGAGAAGGAUGGUGGUUGAUACCUUGUUUGCGGAUGACAAGGAGGCCGGGGAGAAGUUUUUGAAGGAGAUAAACAAUCCGGUCAAGGACGAAAUUACGCUGCCAGAUAUUAAGAAUGACGAGGAAGAAGACGACUUGUAA